CCCGUGGCCACAUCUGUCAUGACGAUAAUGAUGAUGCCACUCUUAAGCCUGGGCGCUCUCGCCGCGCUGCUCUCGCUAACUUCUAUGACCCUGGCGAGCAUUACGUACAGUGUUGAGCAGUCAAGAGGCACGAUAAGGUCCAGUGUUGGACAAGGCAAUACGAUGUUUAUGCUUGGCAGCAGCGUGGUAGAUGCGGAGGCCGAUGAGAUGGAUGAAUUAGAUUCGGGUAUACUGCUGCCCGAUGAGAAGGACAAUUGCCCGGCGGGCUAUUUCCACUGCAAUACGACGGCCCAGUGCGUGCCGCAGCGCGCCAAUUGCGACGGAAGUGUGGAAUGUGAUGAUAGGUCGGACGAGUGGAACUGUGUCAAUGAGGUGGAUGCCAAGUACUGGGAUCACUUGUUCCGCAAGAGCUCGUUCGGGCGCCAGGGCAUGGAUGACAAACCAAUUGGCGUGUGUUACUGGCCGAAUGCGAAGAACUUCAGCUGCCCGUGUCGCGGCAACGAGAUCUUGUGCCGCUUUCAGCAGCUCACGGCGUUGCCACCUCAGCUGCCCACCAACAAUCUGUCAACCCUCGAUCUGACGGGCAACAAUUUUGGCCUCAUCGACGAAACCUUCUUCGGCGGGCUGCCCGCGGUGGAGAGCCUGGUGCUCAAGCUCUGCGCAAUCCGUGAGAUUGCCUCUCAUGCAUUCGAUAGACUGGCCGCCAUUCCACUAAAGACACUUUAUAUGGACGAUAAUGAAUUAUCGCGUUUACCAGAGCAUUUCUUUGCGCCGGGCAAUCAAUUGCGCAUUUUAAUUUUGGCACGCAAUCAACUGAGAAGCCUGGGCAGCGGCGAUUUUCGUUAUCUGCAGCACUUGGAGGAUCUCGAUCUGCGCGGCAAUCUGAUAUCACACUUUGAGGCGCAGGUCUUUGCUCAGCUACACAGCUUGGAGGUGCUCUAUCUGAACAAUAAUCGCUUGCAGCAGCUACGACCGGGCAUGUUUCCCAGCAAUUUGGUACAUUUGCACACUUUGUCGCUGGCGCACAACCAAAUUUCCAGCAUUGCGGCCAACACGUUCACAUUUCCCCAGCUGCGGCACUUAUUUCUGGCCGGCAAUCAAUUGUCCUACAUACGCGACGGAACCUUUUGCAACCUCAGCUAUCUACAAGGCUUGCAUUUGAAUGAGAACCAAAUCGAGAAAUUCGAUUUGCACGCCUUCGACUGUCUGGAGAAUCUCAGCUCCCUGCUGCUAACUGGAAAUCGCUUUAAGACCCUCGAGCCGGCUGUGCUGCAAAAUCUGAGCAGUCUUGACUUUAUCUACUUCUCGUGGUUCCAUUUGUGCCGCGCCGCGCUGCAUGUACGCGUUUGUGAUCCCCGCGGCGAUGGCAUCAGCAGCACCUUUCAUCUGCUCGAUAACCAGCUACUGCGCGGCAGCGUUUGGAUCAUGGCCUCGAUUGCGGUGGUGGGCAACCUGCUCGUCCUGGCUGGCCGUUAUUUUUACAAAUCUCGCAGCAAUGUGGAGCAUUCGCUUUACUUGCGCCACCUGGCGGUCAGUGACUUUCUCAUGGGCAUCUACCUGACGCUCAUCGCGUGCGCGGACAUCAGCUUUCGCGGCCAGUACAUUCGCCACGAGGAAUCCUGGCGGCACAGCGGACUCUGCGCCUUUGCAGGCUUUCUGAGCACCUUCAGCUGUCAGUCGUCCACACUGCUGCUAACCCUGGUCACCUGGGAUCGCCUGAUGUCUGUCACACGGCCACUGAAGCCACGCGAUACGGAAAAGAUUCGAAUUGUUCUGCGCCUGCUGCUCGUGUGGGGCAUCAGCUUUGGACUGGCCGCAGCCCCGCUGCUGCCCAACGACUACUUUGGCGCCCAUUUCUACGGCAACAACGGCGUCUGCCUCUCGCUACACAUACACGAUCCCUACGCCAAGGGCUGGGAGUACUCGGCGCUGCUGUUCAUUUGCAUCAACACGAUCUCGCUGAUAUUCAUACUGUUCUCGUACGUGCGCAUGCUGCAGGCGAUACGCGACUCCGGCGGCGGAAUGCGGAGCACGCACAGCGGGCGCGAGAGUGUGGUGGCCACGCGUUUUGCCAUCAUUGUGACCACGGACUGCGCCUGCUGGCUGCCCAUUAUUGUGGUCAAAGUGGCCGCACUGUCAGGCUGUGCCAUCUCGCCCGAUCUGUACGCCUGGCUGGCGGUGCUGGUGCUGCCGGUGAACUCGGCGCUGAAUCCGGUGCUCUAUACGCUGACAACGGCCGCGUUUAAGCAGCAGCUGCGCCGAUAUUGCCACACGCUGCCCACCUGCUCGCUGGGUAACAAUGAGACGCGCUCCCAAACGCAGACCGGCUACGAGUCCGGCCUGAGCGUCAGUUUGGCGCAUUUGGGCGGUGGCGGUGGCGUCGGCGGCGGCAUUGGCGGAUCCGGGCGCAAGCGCAUGUCGCACAGGCAUAUGAGCUACCUGUAGGUCGACUUGGACUGAGCAGCGCGAUUUUAUCCACAUGUGAUCUAAAUAGUUAAAUUUAAAUAUAAUUCUAUCAAAUAUACAAACGUGUAAUUAAAUGCAU